AUGGUGAACUUGAUGGCCGCCCGACCCUGCUGGGGCGCUGGUCCGCCCUCUAGCCGCCCCCAUGUCUUCUCCGUCGACCCUCUGCACGCAGAUCACACGGCAAAGGAGCCAGUGGAAGACACGGACCCCAGCACUUUAUCUUCUCAUGUGUCAAACAAAUAUCCCAUUCAAGAUACAGGACUCCCUAAAGUUGAAGAAUGUGACGCGGUCACUUUGAACAGCCCGCCAAAUCCUGAUGAGCAAGACCAGGGAGAAGAAAACGGCCUUCCGGACAGCACUGGAGAGCCUCUUUCAGGUGUCACUAAGGACCAGUCCUGUAGAGAAGACUGUACUUGCUCCUCCUGCUCGCUCCGGGCCACCAUCACUGACUUGCUCAAUGAUCAGGACUUACUAGAUGUGAUCAGGAUAAAGCUGGAUCCAUGUCACCCGACGGUGAAAAACUGGAGGAAUUUUGCAAGCAAAUGGGACAUGUCCUCUGACGAACUGUGCUUCCUGAGCAGAAGCCUUGAGCCCCACCCUGAGUUCCUGUUCCGCAACAGCCAGAGGACAGUGGGCCGGCUGAUGGAGCUGUGCAGGCUCUAUCACAGGGCCAACGUGGAGAAGGUGCUGCGCAGGUGGGUGGACAAGGAGUGGCCCAGGCGGGGCGUGCAGGCCACCCUGCGCACUUCUAGUGCUCCUCUGCACGCUGGAACAGCUGCGGGUCACGAGGAAUGGGAGCCUGUUCUUUUUAAGAGUUUGGAUGAGGACAUGGAACAGUGGACACUGGUUUUCCCCAAAGCUGGUGGUUUUGGGGAGGGGUAG